AGGUAUUCUUCGCAGUCGACACAAGAGCAUGGAAGUACUGCGUGAUUAUCCCAUAUCCAAUGAUGAUUUUCCGCGGUUGCGUGCCCCAGCCUUGCCAGCGCCCGAACGCCCCACCUCCUGCCCGUUCGCUCUUCAACGGCAAGCUCUCUCCUCCUCUGACAAUCAACCAUCGCACGCUUGCACCCGCGACCCGCGACUCGCGACCCGCAUCGCCCAUCGACUUCAAUAUUCCAGAACCCAUCGAAAUACCCGUGUCGAGCAUUCCCGGAAUCGACAUUGAGAUAUGAGUCGAGCCAACAAACUUGGCCCGGAGGUAAAUCGAGCUUUGUUCGUAAAGAAUCUAAGCUACAACGUCACUCCUGAGGAGUUGUUCGACCUGUUCGGGAAGUACGGGCCCAUCCGGCAGGUUCGACAGGGCAUUGCGAGCAACACCAAGGGCACCGCCUUCGUCGUCUAUGAGGACGUGAUGGAUGCGAAGCAGGCGUGCGACAAGCUGAACGGCUACAACUUCCAGAACCGUUACCUUGUCGUACUAUACCACCAGCCCGACAAGAUGGCCCGAACAAAAGAGGACCUGGACGCCCGCAAGGAGAAUUUAGAGCGCCUCAAGAAACAGCAUGGGAUCGAUUGACAGUUAGACGGGCCUGCGGACAGCCCUCAGAGUCAAAGCAAAUUGUCUGGAGGCCCGUCUUCUCCGACAUCUCCUCCCUCCGCGACCAAGGCGGCUUCGGCGUCGAGCACGCCAAAGUCGAUUCUCAAGAAGGGCAGGCCGGAUAUCGCCACGUACGCACGGAAGAUGCCUCACUUCGUGCGCAAGUUGCUUCCCACCGUGCCAGAGUGCGCCUAGACGCGACAAGUUCAUUGCUACCGGCGCUUUCAAUCUUAAACAACUUCGGUGUACCAACAACGGUGGCUUUCGGAGCAGAUGCAAACGGAUUCCGCCCUGGCUGGGCCUGCCACUCCACUCAAACCAGCGAGUUCGCUCAUUCGGUUCACGCAUCUUUUUGUUUGACGGUGUGACUCCCGGCUGCGGGAGAUGAGGUUUAGUGGGUGGUUGGGGAUGGAGUUUGCUAUUGACGGGUCUUGGUUUUUCUUCCACAUGAGCAGCACAAUUGAUGCCGUUUCUGUCGCCAGAGGUUUUCUCUCCGCUGCCUUACGGCUUGCGGAUUGGCAUGGGACACAGAUUGAACGCUCGCAGACACGCGGGCAUGGGAGCAAGCUACUUUUAUGGAGGAAUGCAGUGGUAUUCGACAGCGACCUUUCUAUUCUUACAGCCACAACAGCUCUGCAACUGUCUCUGGUCGUUCUUCGUUCUUCGCUGCGUAUCUGAGGCGCUCGAUUCCUCGGCCGCAUGUUCUGUUCAGGCGAUGUGGAGCCUCGAUCAUGCGGCUCCAUCUUCAAGCCGGAGCGUAGUUGCCUCUCACAUUUGCGUGAAUUGAUAGGGACUUCCAAUGCGUAGGAAGGUUGGCUAC